UCCUUUCCCUCUAGGUAUACCUGUUAUUUAGUGCGGUGUCUGCUGCGGGUCCUUUCCAGGCACAUCGCGGGGCCCCUUUCAACAAUCCAACAGGUUUACGGGGUGUUGCUAGUUGCAGUUUAUAAAUGAGAAAACUAGGACCCAGGAAGAAGUGACUUACCCAAAAUAAUCCUGCAGGAUGAUGGCAGAGCUGGAAUUCGAAUUCAGACCCCACCAGCUCUAACUCCAACUCCUACCGGUCUGUGAGCGAGGCCAAUAUGGCGAACCAACGUGCGGAUGUGAUGCUGACUUUUGAGGACAAAGCCAUGAAGAGAUUCACCUGGGCCAUUGCCCCGGCCUUGGCCUCCCUGGGCUACCUGUUCAUACUGGUGGUCUCCAUCUUUCCCUUCUGGGUACGUCUGGUGGAUGAGGAGUCCCAUGAAGUGUUUUUCAGUGGCCUGUUUGAGAACUGUUUCCAUAUCAAAUGCUCGAAGCCUCGACCCUUAUCCAUUUACAUCUUCCUCGGCCGGAUCUUCCUACUCUCUGCAGUUGUCUUGGCUUUCCUUACCACCUUCUUCAUGGUGUCCUUUGCAUCUGACCUCUUCUGGAGGAUCCGGAGGCCCAAUGUCCUGUCAGCCUUCACCAGCUUCCUCACAGGAACCUGUGCCUCCCUGGCCUUGUUGCUGCAUGCCUUGGAGAUCCGGGAUCUGAGAAUGAAGCCCAGCGCCCCACAGUUCUCCGUGCAGUGGCCGUACUACAUGCUGGGCGUCGGCGUCCUUCUGUUCCUACUGGCUGGUGCCAUCUGCCUGUCUCAAGAAGCAAGCUGCCAUAGCUGCCAUAUGUUGCCCCUUUUCCAGAGUCCCGAGGAGGCCCAGGGCAUCUCACACCUGGACAGGCUGGAGAGUUUGGGAGGAGGACUGAACUUAGUACAAAAGGGGAUGCUGCUGCAGGAAGAAACAGUUAUCUAGCGCAGGAUAUUGUUUCUCUACCUGUCCUCCAGCUGUGUGAAGGCAUGCUUAUUGAUUCUGAGUGUCAUGUCAGCCCUCCAUGUCCCCGUGCACAGCAAUUCAGGCCUGCUUGUAUUUGAAAUGUAUUAAAAAUUCUUAGUUCUUUCAA